AUGAUCUGGAGUGUGAGAAAUAUGGCCCAUGUGGACUUUAAGGCUUUAAGAGGCACUCAAACGGUCUACAAGCCGGGAAAGAAUGACUCCAAGUUCUUCAAAAGUUCGAGACAGGCUCAACUUGAUAGGAACUGGGAGAAUCUAAAUAUCAAGAUUGAUAAAAGAGAGGUGAUCUACACCACAAACCAAUAUACCGUGGCUGCAAUCAUCACCAAGCAUUUCAUCACUCAAGCAAUGAGAGAUAAGUUAAGCAAUGAAACUGAUUGGUUGGACCUCAAGGAAGACCACGUGAUGCUGUUAAAGCGUAUCAAGACGUUCAUGACCAUCAUGGAUGAGGAUGUGUUGCCCAAAGGUUGCCAUUGCCCUGUUGUGCAGCACCUGUCGCUCCACUGGUGGAUGAUGACAUGGCAGAAUCUAUGCAGGCAGCCAAGCGCUACAAGCCUAGUAGUUCAAGUCAAUCACUUAGUACCCAUACCAGUCCAAGCUCAGAAAAAUUUGUUCAUCCUGACCAAGGAUGCAUGGUGGACCCAAUCAAAUUUUGCAUUGGAAUAG